AUGAAUCAUACUAGUAGCUCCGAAAGGACGCCACUGCUAACCACAGUCAUUCAAAACUCGAAUCCCAACUCGCAAGCGGCACAACAAGCGUCCAGCUCUGUCGAGACAGGGGGUGACCAUCAUGGACAUGCGGCUGCGUACAACCCAAGGGUUGCGAUUUCUAGUAUACUUGCGCUGCUUUUCUCGCUAGGUCUUGUCAUAUUUGGUGUGUUUUACAUCGAGCGGCUUCCUAAUGACCCGGAGCGCGCUGCUAUUAAGAUUCUCGAGAAAACGCCGUUAAUCGAUGGGCAUAUUGACCUGCCUAUCAUGGUUAGAAUGCACUACCGAAACAAUAUAAGUCAAUUUGACAUGAACAAAGCAAUGGAAUACCACGUAGAUAUACCUCGGCUACGCCAGGGCAAAGUAGGAGGCUACUUUUGGAGCGUAUUUGUAGAGUGUGCAGACUCGGGUCCUGAUUUCCUGAUGCCAACUAAUCGCGUAAGGGAUACUCUUGAACAAAUUGAUGUAUCUACUCUCUUGAUUGAGAAAUACGCCGAUACAUUUGCAUUGGCCACCAGCGUAAAGGAGAUCGAACAAGCGACCCGGGUCCGCAAGAUCGCCUCGUUGAUUGGCGUUGAAGGAGCUCACCAACUAGGGAAUUCCUUGGCGGUUCUUCGGCAGUACUAUAGAUUGGGAGCUCGGUACAUGACUUUAACCCAUUCGUGUAACAAUGCAUUCGCCGAUUCAGCCGGUAUCUUUGAACCAGUUCCAGCAACCCACGGUGGCCUGAGCCCACUAGGAAAAGAGCUUAUCCAAGAAAUGAACCGCAUUGGGAUGCUUGUCGACCUUUCACACACAUCGGAUGAUACAGCUGUCCAAGCGAUACAGCUUUCCCGCGCGCCUGUAAUGUGGUCUCAUUCUUCGGUGCGGGCAUUGCGGGGUAUUAGUCGUAAUGUCCCGGACCACAUUUUGGAGAUGAUCGGUACUGGCAAAGGUCAAAAGGACGGCGUGGUAAUGGUCAAUUUGUACCCACGUUUCCUGGUGGAGAAUGGUGGCAACGCAACGCUUUAUACGGUUGCAGACCAUAUUGAGCAUAUAGCUAAAGUGGCAGGGAGAGCCCAUGUUGGAAUCGGCAGCGACUUUGAUGGCAUAGAGAUAGUUCCUGACGGGUUGGAAGAUGUAUCAAAAUACCCUGCAUUGUUUGCCGAACUGCUACGGCGAGGUUGGUCUCGAGCGGAGUUGGAGGGGCUUGCCAGCAGAAACUUUUUGAGGGUGUUCCGGGAGGUGGAGGAGGUUUCUAGGGAGAUGCAAGGACGGAUUUCGCCUAGCAUGAUGCUUUACGACAAACGAGAUCCCACGGAUUAG